CUCCCCACAUCAGUGACGUCACGAUUAGCAAAAUGGCGAUGCGCUCUGAUGAUCCUCCAAACAGCCGACUAUUUAUUUUAUGCCAGAAAGGCAUCACCGAAGAGAAGUUCCAAGAAACUUUUGGUCAGUACGGUAAAGUCGAAGAUAUCUGGAUCGUAAAAGAUAAACGCACAAAUGAAGAUCGAGGGAUUGUAUACAUCAAGUUCAGCAAGACCUCGGAGGCUUUGCUGGCUAUGGAGGAAAUGAAUGGACGCUGUAUGCCAGGACAGCCAAAACCGCUCAAAGUGGUAGUGGCCAAUACUAAGAGAGAAGGUUCCACUAGGGAUCCUCGAGAGGAUGAGAAACUGGUGCGGCUUUUUGUCAUUGUGCCAAAGUCUUUCACAGAGGAAAACUUGAAAGAAGAGUUUGAAAAAUAUGGCGAUGUUGACCAUGUGACAGUGAUUCGUGACCGAAGUACCGGAGAAAGUAAAGGAUUUGGCUAUGUGAAAUACCAUCGACCAUACCAUGCAGCCUUGGCUUAUGAGAAUUGUGACCAAAGUUUUAAGCCCAAAUUUGCUGAGCCACAGCGGUCACGAGAUGAGAGAGAGCAUGACAACUCAGAUUUUUACAACUUUGGACCUUCACACAGCGGUGGUGGUGGUGGCGGUGGUGGUGGUGGAGGAGGAGGUGGAGGUGGUGGCGGCGGCAGUGGUGGUGGUAGUUUUCACAGAGGCUUAAAGCGUACAUUUGACGAAGAGGUUGGACCACCACUUCCAAUGCCAGUCCCAGGUGGCAUCGGGCCUAUGAACAUGCUAUGUGAGUACCCUGCCCAGUCCAACUGCUGUCGCUUGCAGAUUGUUGCUCCAAUAGGCAUGACACAGGGCUACCUGGCUAAACUUUUCAAUCUCAUUCCGGGAAUGGAGUAUUGUGAUCUUAAUGAAUCUACAGGUGUGGCUUAUGCCAGAUACUCAACACCUCAGUGCGCAGGAUAUGCGCGAGAUAAGCUGAAUGGGUUUGAGUAUCCUAUUGGUAGCCCACUACAUGUUUCUCUGGCAGAAGAAACAGGACCGGUGAAUACUGCUCGCAGUUAUGACGGGAUAAGCUACUCAACUGCUCCAGUAGAUGAGAUGGCCAAUUUGAGACAGAGGGCAGCCAGUUUAUUGGAAAAAGCUGGCAUCAAUCCCCAGGCUGUCAUGGCAACUGAUUCUGGAAACCCUUUGGUAGGUGCUGGGAUGGGAGGAGGGGCAGGCAAGCUGGAGCGCGUCAACUACUGCAAUAUUCUGCUCCCACUGCCACAGCCCUUGGUUCCUGAAGACUCUGCUGUCGCCCAGCGUCUGUUCAUUGUGUGCCAGCCUUCAGCUGUGUCAGAACGAGUGCUGAGAGAUGCAUUUAGUCGAUUUGGCAACCUUAUAGAUGUCUACUUGCUCUCGGGACGAAACUAUGGCUAUGCCAAGUUUGCUAACAAAGAGUCUGCGAUGAAGGCAAUCCAGUUUUUGCAUGGGCAAAACCUUUCAGGUCAGAGAGUGAAAGUAUUAGAGGCAGAACCACCAAAACAUGAAAAUGAGGAUGGCCCAUCCAAAAAGCAACGCACAUAAACUCUGCUUUAAAAUGUAUAAUCAUUCCAGUGCUGCUGAUGACUUGCUCCUGUCUUGUGUCAGACUGACACAUUCAUGGACAGGACAAACCAUUGAAGACGAUGACAAGUACAAUAACUACAAUCACUACCCUACCAUACCACUGGACUGAACAGAACAUCCAUAGUCUUAAAUGACUGACAACUGGCAAUCAAAGGACCAACCUUGAGACUUGAAUUAACAAUGAAACCAAAUAUUUAAAAAAAAAUAAAAGCAAAGAAAAGAAACAAACUGAAGCCUACUUCCAGACUGUUUCACUUCAAGUAUUGACAUAGUAUAUAUAUAGCUGAGGGGCAAAACACCCCUUUCAUUACUCAUAAAACAGUUAACUGUCUCAAGUAUUGAAGGAAAUACAUGCGUCACAAAUGUUGCCAACAGAGGAGAAAUAAAUGCAGAGUUCUGUGUCAAGAGCAGAGCUUACAGGAAGUAUUCACAAUGUGCAGUGCAACUGAAAAUUUUUAGCUUUGUGUCCGUUCGGUUAACAUUUGACAUAUUAAGAAAUGUUUAUGGUUAAAAACUGCUGGGAUUGUUCUGCAAAUAGUCAGUGAAAGUCAAAUAAACAAGAAUAUAUAACUUGCUUGUGGUAAGUCCGAUUGCUUUCGUAGAACCAUUUGGGGUAUGGAAAGUUUUAUAAUGUUUUCCGCUAUCCGUUCCGUGAAACUGUGCUUGUUUCUUACCGAGUGGCGCAUAUAGUCAGUAAUUUCAAAUAAAGUAUGCUUUUGUCUCAUUUCUUUUUAUGCCUCUUUUUACCCUUUACUCAUAAGCUGAAAUUUCAUAUAUGAGACACAAUUUCUUAAUGAUCUUAAAGUAGUUGAACAGCUUGUGCUGUUUUUAUUUCUCCAGUUAUUUGAAUCUUUCUGCAUCAGUCAUCUUAAUUUCACCUAGCCAUGUAAUUCAAGCUUUAUAAUAAAAAUACCCCAUCAACAAAGCAAUUAUUUUGUCGUUUAUGUACAGAAGUCUUCAUGAGUUUUCCAACUAGUUUCUGAGAAAUUUAUAUGAUAGUUUUUAAAAGCCCUCAUGAAGUGUUUUAUAUAGGACAACUUUUUUCUCCCCUUUUGCAUCAUUUGGGGGAUUUUUCUUGCUGCUUUUAAUGAGCUGUUCACAAGGUCUGUACAAGGAGCAUUAAUGACAUGAACUGUUGGGAAAAUGUCUAGAUAUUUUAUGAUUGGUUUGACUGCAGCAUUAUUCAUCACCUACUAAAGCAUUCUGCAUCUGCAGAUUUUUGCAGGUUUUUUUUUUUUAAUGUUCUUUAGUGACCAGACUACCUCAUUUCAGUUAUGACCAGUCAUCUUGUAGAGUGCUUUUUCUGGCUGGGAAUUUUUUGUCAUAUCAAAUGACAGGAAAACUAAAACAUUUAAGGUUUUAAAAAUAUCUAUGUAAAAUGUUUACUGGAUCCUAAAAAGAGUUAUGGCAACAGAUGAUAAAUCAGAUGGCCAGGUUCUCCUCUUUUUAAAAGCGUCUUUUUCUUGUGGGUGCAGUGCUCUUGCCUUGCUCACUUCAGCUUUAGUUUGAAAUUAAUUUUUUAAAUGGUCAUUUUUAGCAUUUUUCUGACUUUAAAAACCUGUUUAGUGUACAGUUAUUGAAAUGUCCUUUGUGUGUGUUUUAGCUGAGACAACAUGUUCCACAUUAGGACAAAUAGUCAUUGGCUGUGAUUUGUUACUUGUACAUAUCUUUAAGCACAUUUAACACUAUCCAUCACACAGCAUGUGUUCAGCAUUGUUUUUAUUCCACGCAGCCUAGAGAUCUUACAGCAUAAAUAAAAUUUUCUGUUAAAAUUCAUUUAUUCAUUUAUUCAGUUUAUUUAUGCAUUAUGAACACAUAAUGAAUUUGUACAGGCAAAUGCACUUGUGCACAUAUACACAAACACAUAUACACCCUACUGCUUGUCAGUGAUAAAAUUUGUUACUGGAAAAAGUAAAACAAAUCAUCCUUUCACUGCUUCCAGCCAAUGGGUGAGAGAAGCAUGUUUUUGCAAAGAUAUUGAUAAUGCAUAUGAAGAUGCCUUUUGAAAUGAAUUGGUGGAUAUAAAUUAUUUUCAUUGUACUUGCAUACAUUAUAAUUUCUGGAGUUUCCAAACACUUGCUAUAAUGAAUUUCACAUGUAUUCUAAAAUCCAGUCCAUAUCAUUCAUUAUUCAAUAGGAGAUAACAGUUUUAGAGUUAGUAGAUGAAAUGUACAGUGACUAAUAAACUUGCUUCAAGUAAUGAAGUCAGACACCAGCAAGUAGUGACCUGGCAUUGACUUGAGGAACAUGAAUGGACAGACACGGAUACUGACAUCGCAGUGACUGGACGGGAACAGUGAAGGAAAGUAACUUACAUAUGGUAGUUACUCGUUUAGAUUUCUGGAAAAGUUUAUUCCAGUUCUGUUGACUUACAUUUUUUGAAAUUUCUUAUCUUUUUAGUACUAUUGUACACAUAAUCAAGUAUUAGAUUUGAUUUUGCUGCAGUGAUUUGACAAGAAAAGCUUCAAAUGAUAAAUUUUCCUUUACACCAAAAUGCAUGCACACACGGCCUGAGAAAGGGGAGUUGGGGAGAAACAAGUUCAAAUGUGAUAAUUGGAUUUUAAGAGAUUUCAUUUGGUUUUAAGAAAGCCCCAUACCAGGAAGGAAUUUUAGUUUUUUUACUGUGUGAAAGUCUGUAUGUGAUGUUUCUGCAAUGAAUACAGAUGAUGCUUUGAUUUCUUCUGUUUACAACAGUUUAAAGGUGCAGGGUGUUUAGCCCCUCAGGCCUGGAUCAAGCACAACAACAUCAACAUUCUAUUUCUCAGGGUUAAAGAGAAGAACUAAAGAAGAGAUCCUGAAUGACUUUUUUUUUUGGGCUGCAAGAAAAUGUUCUUGUUUAAGAUGUAGUGUUGAAAUUUCACUAUAGAAAUAAAAUGUAUUUAUACAAA